UUGAGGCUGCAGAUGAGAACCCAGAGAUCAAACUGUGGAUCUUUAGACGGGAGCAGAAACGCUCAGAUGAAGUGUGGAAGCAGCGCAUCCGAUGAUAAACUAGGCUGCAGAGGAUGAAGGCUGUUUUCUUUUUCUCCUGUUGUUUUCUGACCACGGCUCUGGCUUCCAUCGCAGCUGGAGAAAUAUUUACGUCGCUCCAAAACGUGAGGCAAGCCAUCCUCGUUGAAAGGAAACUGAUCGGUUAUCUGAGAACUUAUAUCGACAGCGAGUUGGAGAGACUAAGGGACAUCAGGCGGUUUUAUGCCAAAGUUUCUGACCUGCACGCAGAACUCUACAAAGGCCCUGCAGCUGCAACAGCAAACCCACUGGUUGCCUUCACCCUGGUCAAACGGCUACAUUCAGAAUGGCUGAACAUCGUUUACAGCAAUGAAGCUCAGGAAAACACUCAAACCCUCAGGUCCAAAUAUGAGGAAGAGGAGGCCGACCUGCCCAAAGUCGAAGACCUUCGAGGGGCUGCAAGGGGGCUGAUGAGGCUCCAGGAUGUGUAUUCUCUGCAGGUUUCAAGUCUUGUAAAGGGUCGUUUCCAAAGGGUUACCAAUGGAGGUGUGAUUGACGUGUGCUCUCCUGCUGUGUCUGUCUCCCUCACGGGUGACGACUGCUUUCUGGUUGGAAAGGUGGCCUAUGAGCAGGAAGAUUAUUACCACUCAGUUCACUGGUUGGAGGAGUCGGUGCGUCUCUUCAGGGGAGAAGGAGGAAAGUGGAGCCCUGAGAAUGAAGGGACUUUAGAGGACGCUCUGGAUCACCUCGCGUUUUCCCACUUUAAAACAGGAAAUGUCUCCUAUGCUUUGAGUUUGUCCCAUGAGUUACUGCAUCAUGAUCCAAUGAAUGGACGGGUGUUGCAGAAUAUUGAGAAAUACGAGAAGCUGCUGGGUUCUGCUGGUGCAUCAAGUGGGGGUAGUUUAAGAAGACCCAGCUCUACUUAUUUAAGGACACAGGACACUUAUGAGAGACUGUGUCUGACUCAAGGCUCGCAGCCAAUGCAUUUUGAAAAUCCCAACCUGUUCUGUGACCACUUCACCAACAACAACAGCCCUGCUCUGCUGCUGCAGCCUGUGAGACGAGAGGUGCUGAGCCUGCAGCCUCAUGUUGUUCUGUACCAUGACUUCAUCACAGGCGCCGAGGCGGAGGACAUCAAACAGCUUGCCCAGUCUGGUUUGAAGAGAUCUGUGGUGGCAAGUGGGAAGAAGCAGGAAACAGCAGAUUAUCGAAUCAGCGAGAGCGCGUGGCUGAAGGGCUCAGAGGGCUCCAUCGUUGGAAGGUUGGACCAAAGGAUUUCUGUGCUAACAGGUUUAAAUGUGAAGCAUCCAUAUGGCGAGUUCCUCCAGGUGGUGAAUUAUGGAAUCGGUGGCCACUAUGAACCUCAUUUUGACCACGCUACAUCGCCCACCAGUCCUGUUUUCAAGCUGAAAACUGGGAAUCGUGUGGCAACCUUCAUGAUUUAUCUCAGCUCAGUUGAAGCUGGUGGGUCCACAGCCUUCAUAUACGCCAACUUCAGUGUUCCAGUAGUAGCGAAGUCUGCCCUAUUCUGGUGGAACCUCCACAGAAAUGGACAGGGGGAUGAAGACACCUUGCAUGCUGGUUGCCCAGUGCUCAUUGGUGAUAAAUGGGUAGCCAACAAAUGGAUCCACGAGUACGGCCAAGAAUUUCAGCAUCGCUGCAGCCUGAAUCCUAAAGAGUGAAAGGGACAAACUGAUCCUGUGAAGAAGAAGCCUUGACCACCGUCAGGCACAUUGGCAAAGAGAGAAGAGGCAACAGCCAAGGUGUGUGUUUGGAAUGGAGGGAUAACUUGAAUCUUUGAUUGGUGCCCAGGGCCCCAGGGAACCUGGGCACUCCUGCAGUGGACACUGAGGUGGAAAAGGAAUGAGGUAUUUGGAAAUCAGCCUACGGAGGCCAAAUAUUUCCACUUGGCAAUUCCUCGCAAUGGAGAAAUAUUUACAUUUAGAUGGAAAUGCUAGCAGAAGCUCAUGCAGGAUAUUUGAUCUGCAGAGGACUGUCAAUUAUUUCAGGGGGAUCAGAUUAAACAGCUGUUCAUCCUAACACUGGUAACAAAGCUAAGCCUUAGUUUAACGACUCACUCACCGGGAUUUGUUUGUUUAGUUCUGCAUGAUAGAACAAUGUUGCUAUUCCUACUGUUUUUGACUCAGAAUGAUGUAGAAACCAAAAAAAAAUAAACUGUUACCGGUAAUUCCACUUUUUAAUUUGCCUCAGAAACUAAUCGUUUUUGAUUAAGAGUCUGGAGGAUUCUGCAUCUUUUUGAACUUACACACAUCAUCAACAUAUUGUUUUAGACAGCUGUCAAAAUACUUCACAGUACGGCUGAUAUAAUUAUGGAGUACUUUGAGUUUUGGUCAGUUAUAAACAGUCAUAAAACCCACCUCAUAAGCAUCAGACCCUUCUAAAGGAAAAUGUUGUGGGAAUGUCCCGCUGCGUGAUGGGCUAAGAUCUUAACUUAAUACUUUUUCUUUCCCACAGGGACACGCAUUUUUUUUUCCAGCUGAGGUAGUCUUUCCAGCCACAGACAGAAACACAGAACAUAUAUGAAUAGAGCAUGUAUUGGAUCUCUAUUGCACAUUCCUGUGCACACACUGAGACCAAGAUAUUCCCAUAGAGCUGUUAGAGAGAAAGGUUGCUCUUUCUUGUUUCACUGUGGAACCUAUCAACAAGUUUUUACGAUUAAAUAUGCAAUUCUGAUGCAUCAGAUAAUUGUAUUGAGUAAAAACUAAUUCUGAUUAUACCGACAGCUCAUAUGUCCUUUUUUUUUUUUAUUUGAAUUAGACCUGCUGAAAGUUUAUCCAGUCUGCAAACACAUAAUGAGAGAGUUUGGAAAAUUAAAGUCACCGAUGUAACCUUAUUAUUCUACUUUUUCCUAAAUGCAGCUCUCACUGUUACCACAGCAAACACAGAGGGACUCUCAAUGGCUUUUCAAACUGCCUAAAACACCUGAGUAGAUGUUUGGCAUUCUGCAAGAAACUGUCAAAAACAAACAGAAAAAAACUGUUUAAAGUGAAUUGGGG